AUGUACAGGGAAUAUGAAUUUAAAAAUGAAGAUAAUAAACGUUUUAUAAAUGUAAAAAGGAAAAAGGAUAGAAAUAAGAAUAUCGAUUUUGAACAAAUAAAAAAAAAUAAUUAUAUAUGUGUAGAAAUUCCUGGUAAAAUAAAAAAACGGAGUAAUGGAUUAUCUGCUGUUGAAUCUUUGGGGGGAUUAAAUAAAAUUACUGAACUUUUUAAAUAUGACCAAAAUAGCUAUAAUAAAAAUGGUUAUGAAAAUGAAGGACAAUCUUUAAUAUUACGGAUAAAUAACAAUGAUAUAUUUUCAUCUUUUAUUUCAUCCAAUUGUACAAAAGUUAACAACAUUUUAAUUAAAAUAAAAAAGACUAAGAAAAAUAGAUAUAAGAUUGAAUUUAUGGGGUUUGUAAAAUAUUUGUAUUAUUUUGAUAAUAUGUCUGAUUUUUAUUAUAUUCCCACUUUUUAUAAUAGGCAUAAUUACAGCACAAAUUAUAUACACUAUUUAACAAAAGAUGAAAAAGAAAAAAGUAAAGAUAAUAAAAAUGAGCAUGAAAAUAAUAAGCAUAUAUUUCCAGAUAGCUAUUUUGAUCAUUUUUCCUCAAAUAAUUUUAACCUUAACACGCAAUGUAAAAACAACCAUUUUUUCCCUAACCAAGUAAAUGGUGUGCAUUACCCAUGGGACAAUUCAAUUUGUUUAAAUAAAAACGUACAAAAUGUAGAGAAUGUAGAAAAUGCAGAAAAUGAAUAUUAUAUUAGUGAAGGAAUGUGUGUCCCCGAUCAUGCAAAUUUGAGUAAUAUACAAAAAAAAACUAAAAAUGGUGCCGAAAAUUAUGUCGAAAAUGGUGAACAAAUUGACACCACAUUUGAGAAUAAAAUAUUGAACGACGGAAAGGAAAAUAACAUAGCAGGUUCAUUGCCUCUUAACGCAUCUACAUUUAUAUUUUAUCCAGAUCGAUCAUCUAAUUUCCAUUGCUCUAACUUUGAAACAUUUAGUCAAAAUAACGAACUUGACGAAUAUUUUUCAGAUAAAGAAAAAAAAGAAUUAUAUAAAAAUAUUUUAAAUUAUAAAGAUGCUUCAAAUAUGUUUGAUGAUAAAAAUGAUUUUAAAUUUUCAUCUGAUGAAAGUGAAGGAUAUGAAUUACAAAGUUGUAUACAUAGUAAAAGUGUAAUACCAUAUGAUUUUCAAAAAUAUAAAUCUCAAAAAAUAAAUAAAUAUAUAAGAGAGUAUAAAUAUAUAAUAAGUAAAUUUACUGAACCAUUUGAUUCUAAAAAUGAAAUAAAAAAUGAAAUCAAAAAUGAAGAUUUGGAAAAUUUUAUUAAAAAAUUAAUAAUAAACAAAAAUGAAAAAGAACUUGAUUUUCCUACUAAAUUAGGAUCACAUCGAUUUGCUGCUGAAAAUGCAGAAAAAGAAAAAGAGUUAGAAAACGAAAAAGAGUUAGAAAACCAAAAUAUUGAUAAAAUUCAAGUGGAAAAAAAUGACAAAUUAAAUAUAGAUAAUAAUAUAAUUUACAAUAAUAAAUAUAUGGAUCAGGAUAUUUCCAACGAUUCUAGUGAUUCAAAUGAAAUUAGAAAAGAAGGUAAAGAAAAUUAUAAUAAAAAUGACAAUAAUAGUGAUGAUAUGAAUAAAAUAAUAGUAAGUAAAAAAACAGUACAUUGUAAUCCAAUUGCAAAUUUUAAUGAUCCAAUAUAUCCUGUAAUUCCAUAUGAAUCUGCAUUAAAAAAAUAUGUGUCUGAUAAAUUAUAUAAUAGAGUAAAAUGUCUUUUUGAUAUUCGACCAAUAUGGUCAAAAGAAGUUUUAGUAGAACAUCUUGAAAAUGUAACAACAUAUUGUUUAAAAAGCUGUUUUUCAAAAAUUUGUUUUUAUUUUGCUAAUGGACCUUGGAGACGUACAUAUUGUAGAUAUGGAUAUGAUCCAAGAAAUGAUCCAUCAAGUUAUAUUUAUCAAACUAUAGAUUUUAGAGAUAAUUAUUAUAGAGAUAUAAAUACAAAAAAUAUUGAAGAAAUGAAUAAACCCAUUAUAAAAAAAAAAAACAUCCUUGAUCAAACUAUAACUAAUAUAAUUAAAAAUGCAAAUCAAGGAAACGAACAUUCUGAAAAUUUUGGAAAUUCUGGAAAUUCUGAAAAUUUUGGACAUUCUGGAAAUUCUGAAAAUUUUGGACAUUCUGGAAAUUCUGAAAAUUUUGGACAUUCUGGAAAUUUUUCAAAAUUUUCAAAUUUUUCUUACGCAAAUAAAGAAAACGCAAUUAAAAUAAAAAGGGAAAAUUUUACCAACUCUGAUUUGAAUGUAUAUGAAAGUGAAGUUUCAAAUAAGGACCCCCAUUCUGCAGCCAAUCUAGUACAAGACAAUUUUAAGACGUUUACAAAUGCAGAUGAUAAUAAUAAUAGCAUUAAUAAUGGCGUUAAUAAUGGCGUUAAUAAUGGCAUUAAAUUGGGUUCUGCAAAAAAUAUAGAACCCAAUAGAAAUAAUUUGCAUAUUAAAAUUUCUCAUGAAGAAGAUGAAGAGAUUAAUGAAAUUUUAAAAUUUUUAAAAAGAUCAAAUAGUUUUCAUUUUAGAACAAAAUUUUCAUCUGAAAUUCAUUUUUGUGUUAGUCCUUUAAAAUUGUCAACUAUUUAUCAGUAUAUUGAUAUAUUUGAUAAUAAUGUUUUAAAUUAUUUGUCAAGUAUUAAAACCCAAGAUGUUUGUACAAAAGACAAUGGAUGGAUUACUAAUAAAGAUAUAACUAAAAUACGUGACAUUUUAUUUGUUAAAUCUAUGACAUUACGUCAAGCCCAUACUAAGUAG